AUGACUGUGCUUCUGGCUUUUCGUUUCUGUAAAGUGAUGGCUGGACCUGUCAUUAAGGAGCUCUCUGAACCAUGUUCCUGGACUUUGAUGUCUUCUCACGGUGAGAACGAGACAGUUACACUCUCCGUUGAGUCCACUGACAGUCUCAUCAGUCAGGUCUGCCAGGCUCUUGGCUGUGGACACAUGCUCUCACGCAAGGAGAACAGAGCACCACCUAAUAGUACCUGUCUCACUGGCUGCUUCUACCAUAACCCUGAAAUAACCAAUUGUACUGAAGUGGUGGAGAGUACUUGUACAGUCCUGUCUCAUGUUCUCUGUGGAAACAAUGCGGUCCGCCUGGUUGGUGGCAGCCAUAGAUGUGCAGGUCGUGUGGAGCUGUGGAAAGCAGGGCAAUGGGGCACGGUGUGUGAUGAUGGUUGGGAGAAGCAGGAUGCUGACGUUGUAUGCGCCCAGCUGGGCUGUGGUUAUGCCUUGUCUGUGUCUGGACAGGGAGGGCCUUUUGGUCAAGGCAAAGGCCCUAUCUUCUUGGAUGAACUUAAUUGCACAGGCACAGAGAGAAACCUGUGGGAAUGCCCUGCCCUAGAAGAGGGUCAUGACUGUGGCCACAAAGAGGAUGCUGCAGUCGUGUGUUCAGAGUUCAAAGCUUUGAGACUAACAGGUGGUCUGGACCGCUGCUCUGGCAGAGUUGAGAUCCAUCGGAAUGGAACCUGGGGCACAAUUUGUGACUCCUCUUGGGCAAUACAAGAGGCGACCAUGGCAUGUACCAUGUUAAAAUGUGGGACACCAUCAAGGUUUACUGGUUUUCCAUCACACUUCCAUCACAACAAUGGAACACUCUGGUGGUACCUCUGUAAAAAGGAACACAAACACCUAUGGGAAUGUACUGAGUAUGCCAACCCAGCCUAUGCCUGCAUUGGCACUCAUGCAGCUGGACUAAUCUGCAAUGAGCUGUUUGUCCCGCCAGCGUAUACUGAACUGCAAAGCAACCUUCCUGCACAAGAAAAUAAUUACCAGGAAUCUGUCAAUAUCAUCAAAAUGACCAGUAACACUACUGAAUAUAACGGCGUAUCAAAUCCCCAAAGUUUCUGGACCCAGAGUAGUGUUGAAAGUACCACAUAUGACACAGACCAGGAGCAGAAUGAUUACUGUUCAGACCCAGCUCAGCCCCUGUCCACUUUCCGGAACUCUUUACGAUACAGUGCAGAAGGUCGAGUUCCCGUACUGAAAAACUCAAACCUGGACAGUGUGACUGAAGAGGGCAUGCUCCAUGUUCCUGAUGACUACCAGCAGAUCAGAAAGAUCCCAUCUGUCUCUCCAAGUGUUGACUCAUUUGACUCAUCUAGCACAUCCUCUGGAGAAUGUUAUGAGAACACAGGGACAAAUGCUGAUGAUCAAGCAGCGACUAAUGGGUAUAGCAGUGGAGAGGACUCUGAGCUGUACUCUCCAGUCAGCCCGGACCCUGUUCAGGACUCUCCCGAAAGUGACUAUGACGAUAUUGGAAACUACCAGCCGCUGUCUAGUGCCUGA